AUGAGAAAGCCACAUAUCGUAGCCAUACCAUAUCCAGCACAGGGCCAUGUUAUCCCCACAAUGGAGCUUUGCCUGUGCUUAGUGAAGCAUGGUUGCAAAGUCACCUUCGUCAACACUGAGUUCAACCAUAAGCGAAUCAUGGAGUCCAUGUCGGAGGCAGACAAUGUUAUAAACCUCGUAACAUUCCCCGACGGGUUAGAAGUGGAGGAGGAUAGGAAUGACCCGAAGAAGCUAGCACAAGCAAUAAUCUUUGAGGUUGUACCGGAGAAGGUGGAGGCUCUCAUUCGUAAGAUAAACGAGUCGGAUGAGAAUAGAGUUUCGUGUGUUAUUGCCGAUGAAAAUUUGGGUUGGGCCUUAGACUUGGGGAAGAGAUUGGGACUCCAGCGAGUUGCUUUCUGGACUGCUUCAGCUGCUUCACUAGCCAUGAUGCUUAAUGUUCCAAAGCUAGUUGAUGAUGGGAUUGUUGGCAACAAUGGAGAAAUACUGAGAAAGCAGAGCAUCAAAUUGUUGCCACUCAUGCCGGCUAUGAACUCCACAGAUUUACUGUGGAAUUGUUUCAGCGAUCCAGGACUACAGAAGCUUGUUUUCGAUCUGGCGUUCAAAAACAAUGAAUCAUUGAAAGCAGCAGAGUGGGUAAUCUGCAACUCAUCUCAGGUGAUGGAAUAUGAAGUUUUUGCAUCGUACCCGAAGCUUAUACCUAUAGGGCCAUUACUAGCAAGCAACCGUCUUGGGGAAACAUCAGGCCACUUUUGGCGAGAGGACACAGAUUGCCUGAAAUGGCUCGACCAGCAGCCACUGAACUCUGUCAUCUACGUUGCAUUCGGAAGCCAUACCAUUUUCAACAUGGCAGAGUUUCAAGAACUUGCCCUUGGGCUUGAACUCACAAACAGACCAUUUUUAUGGGUUGUUAGGCAAGGGUUUAUUGAGGAGACAGGAAAUCCUUACCCUGAAGGGUUCAUAGACAGAACCCGCAAUCGUGGGUGGCUAGUUGAAUGGGCACCUCAGCAGAAAGUGUUGGCGCAUCCCUCUCUCGGAUGUUUCUUGAGCCAUUGUGGUUGGAAUUCCACCAUUGAAGGUGUCAGCAAUGGCUUGCCUUUCUUGUGUUGGCCAUACUUUGCUGAUCAAUUAUUCAACAAAAGUUACAUCUGUGAUGUUUGGAAGGUUGGUUUGGGGUUCGAUAGAAACGAGAAUGGAGUCAUCGGACGACAGGAAAUCAAGACCAAAGUGGAACAAUUGUUCGGGGACGAAAACUUCAAAGCUAGAGCCGUGGAUCUUCAAGUAGAGGUGGUGUCCAGUGUUAAAAGUGGAGGGUCUUCGUAUCAGAAUUUCAGUAGUUUCGUUAACUGGAUUAAGGCAAAAAAUUAAACAAAUCUCUGUUAGUCAAAACUAUUUGUAAGUCAAAUCUUAAUAAAUCUAUUACAAAAUAAAAUAUUUUUUAUAAAUAUAAAUAAUGAAAAAUAAAAAACUUAUUAUAUGUUUAAACCUGAGGGCCCCUGCCCUGAAGAUUGUGAGAGGGGGUAGAUCGCAUGAUAUGUUUCAGUGGGUCAAGAUCUGAGUGCUUGCUUUUUGUCACAAGAUGGAUGACCUACUUUGUACUUGUUUUGAUAGUUAUUUGGGAUUUGCUUUUGGAGCAAAUGAAUGUGAAGACUACUUUUUUGUAUGAUGAUAUAGAUGAGUAGAUUUUUAUGAAGUAACUUGAAGGGUGAGCAUCUAGUUUGUAGGUUUAAGAGGUCAUUGUAUGAGCUGAAACAGGCUCCACAAUAGUAGUACAAGUUGUUUGAUUCUUACAUGAUUCAAAUUGGCUACACACGUUGUGAGUAUGAUUGUUGUGUCUAUGUUA